AUGCCUUUCAUCACUCUCAUCAACCCUCAAGUGCCAGCUGGCAAGGAGACCGAGUUCCUGGCCGCAAUUGAGAAGGCCAUUCCUGAGAUGAAAGCACAACCCGGUGUUCUCGGAAUCUCUGCCGGUCCCAUCGUCGCCAUCGACGGCAAGGCAAUCAGCGAACUGAAGUACAUCGAGACCGUUGCGUUCGCAACCAGAGAAGACGAGCAAGCUUUCGCCAACAGCGAAUGGAUCCAGAACAAGCGCAAGGAGAUGGAAGCCCGAGGAGUCGAGCCUCCCCGCCACGCCCUCUUCGCCUGCUCCGAGUUCCCCGCCGAGAAGGCCACCCACCCUUUCGUUCGCUUCUCCCGCAUCACAGUCUCUGACGAGAGCAAGAUCGACGACGUCAGGGCCGCAUGGAAGGAGUUGAUGGGUGCCAUUGGCAAGGAUGUCUGGGGAGCCAAGAGCGUCGAGGGCGAGGAGAUUGUCGGUCUCGGUGUCUGCGGAUUCGACAGUUUGGAGGAGGCUGAGGCGGCUUUCUCUAAGCCUGAGGCGAAGGCUGCUUUGGACAAGUACCAUGCUUUGGGACAGUGCAAGGAUGUUGUUGUCAAGCUUACUGUCUACUAG